AUGUGUGAAAACGCAAGUAGUGGUAACAAAUGUUUAUGUGCAUACUGUUCGGGCAGUAUAGCACAUGGCAUGCAUAAAAUGAAUCAAGAAGAUGUGAAGCGUUGUGAAGAUCUUGUUGAUCAGUAUUUAAGCGGACAUAAAAAUGUAUUGAAUGAUUUAAAUACCAGACUUGAAGCAGUAAAUCCAGUACAAUGUUUUGAUAUUUUGGACAAGCUCUGUGCAAAGUCAACAAACGAUGGAGAAGAAAUAGAUUCGCUGAUUAUGAAGUUUAUUCGUAUGCAUCGUUCAGGUGGAGGAUUUUUUCUUGCCUUAGAAAAUCCAAAAUCACCGGCUAGACGUCAAAAUUUGUUAAAUCGUCUUAUUCAUACAACAUUAAAUACCCAUAAAGAAGAGGGGAAGCGUUUAAAUGUGCAAUCAAGCGAUUUAGAGUUACAUCAAGCCGCAUUGAACCAAAAUUAUGAACAAAUUAUUGAUUGUAUUAAAAAUAAAGGAGCCAAAUUAAAUAUGGAUGAUUUAGAAUUACUUGGGGUAACAGAGAAUAUUAGACAAAAACUGAGAGAGCAAUCUAAUUAA